CCUCGACUUAGCUUGAACGGUCAAUAUACAUCAUUUUUUAUGAUUUGUUAGUCGGAACAAAUACCAGUUGUUAUCAUAGUUCUGCUGGCUCUUCUAGGCCAACCUCCUUCGAUCUACUGCCGGAAAGUGCCGCUGGCAGAAUGGCACCAUUCUGCCAACUUGUGCCAAGCGACAACACUAGGUCACCGUUGAACCCAACAACAUAGCGAAUGGCUCACUGGCAGCGACACGUUUUCCAGGGGACUCCCUUGAUCCGCCAUGAUUCGAACUAUAUCCACUCUAUGGGCACCAGCCACAAAAACAAAGCGCGCACACUGCGGACUCCACGCAAAUGAUAAAUGUGCUGAUACAGUGCCAUCGUGAUAUGGCAUGCCUCGCACAUGGAUAACGCGCUGCGAUGUAUACUUUUGGAUGGACACAUUCAAGUAUAGAAGCUAAGCCGUUGGCAUAUGAAAGGUAUUCUUCAUCUUCUUCCUUUUCAUCUUAUUCCUCUUCAUGGCCGCUGGCCCAAUCUUAGCGAGCACUUUGUUUUUCUUGCCUCUUCUUGCCACGUCGGCUCAGGCAGCCACCAAUUCUGCGACAUGGAUAUGUCCUUCCGAUCCUUAUCUUGACCCGCGAAACGAUCCAUGCAAUGCUCUUGAAUAUAUCCCUAACAAUACCCUCACUGCUGUCACCUUUGUUUAUGUACUAUUGGUCGUCCUCAUUCAGGCUUAUCAAGUUGUCUACAAUGGCAGACAGUUCAUGUUGUCCAUGGUCAUCGGGGAAUACGUUUAUGCUCUCGGCUUCGCAUUUCGCUUCACUUUGCAUUAUAGCCCUGACUCAUUGUGGAUUUUCAUCGCUGAAGAAUUGAUGAUCGUGUUGUCUCCCUGUCUCUUCAUUGCUGCGAAUUAUGCUCUUCUUGGUCGCCUUGCCGGUGAAAUCUACUGCGAUUAUCACGUCUUGCUUGCAGUGAAAUGGCUCACCCACAUAUUCGUCUUCUCCGACAUGACUACCCUCUUAAUCCAAGCGAUAGGAGCCUCGCUGGCUACGUCCAAUGUUCAAAGUUUGGCAUUGAUAGGACUUCACAUGUUUUUGGCUGGUCUUGCUGUGCAACUAGUCUCCUUCAUUUUCUUUUGUGCCAUCUAUGCACGAUUCCUCCACAAGGUCUACACUGAGGAACAGGAUGUCUGCAUGCGAGACUCGAAAAAGCCCUGGUAUAGCGACUGGCGAACACUUGCCGCUGCCUUGGCGAUCAGUUGUAUCGGACUUCUGAUCCGUUCUGUCUACCGUGUUGCGGAAGCUAGUCAGGGCUUCCGCGGCAAUCUCAGCACAAGCGAGACAGCCUUCUAUUGGGGUGAUACGGUUCCCAUUUGCUUGGCAAUCCUUGUAUAUGUUCCAUUCUGGCCUGGAAGGUUUAUAAAGAAUAGGAUUCAUCCCUCUAGUACAACCCCUUGAGGUAAGCCACGCUCAUUUCAUUUCUUUGGUACAACCCCUUGAGCAAGGUGCCGGAAUCGGAGCCUGCGGAAGUUUUCGGCACCGAGCGUCCAGCUGAGCGAAAGCGGCGCUUUCUUCUGUGUUCACUCCUUUGCCUCCGACGACGACCUCGAGCUCGCUCAGACUCCUUCUCGCUUCGAACAUCCUCUCUUUUUUGCACCCACCCGCCUGAUUCCUUAAGUUUUGUUUCGCAUUAUUCACGCACACGCAUAUAUCGUAGCACAAUCAUGAAUCCAACAGUAUUUGACACACCUUGGCCAUACCAUUUUCCUGUUCAAGUCUUGCACGAUUGAAUCUGCGAUCAGUUGUCCUGCCCACCCAGAGACUCUAGUUGCUUGCAUUGCCU